AUGCCCCCUCUCGCCCGCGUCGUCCUCCUGCUGACCCUCGCAGCGGCCUCGGCGCGCGCCCAAAACCUCACUGAUGCCCAAGUCCAGGCUGUCCAGGACGAGCUGUGGCUCGGUGCCCAGCAGACCUGGGAACUCGGCACUGAAGGAGAGGCCCUCACCGAGUACGACGCGCCCUCGCUCUCCGUCUUCGCCAACGCGUCGCUCCCGCCCUCGCCGCCCUACAACCUCACCGCGCUCGCCCCCGUUCUCCAGAUCGCCCGCAACGUCGUCGGAAGUCGCUCCAACUCGUCCCAGCCACAGCCCCUCUGGAAUGUCUCGGGCGGCGCAGCGGGAGACCCUGUGUCCAUCGGCCAGGCCGUGCUCCUCGCGAACUGGACGGGCGCGCCAGAACCCUAUCCCGGCGUCGACAGCGCAGUGACGUAUGCCCGAGCAGCGACAGAGCAGCUGGAGUACACGCUGCAGGUGGUGCCGCGCACGAGCAACGGGGCGAUUAGCCAUCGUAUUGAGCAGGUCCAGCUCUGGGCAGACAGCGUAUACAUGGUGCCGCCCUUCCUUGCGUAUUACGGUGUAGUCACGGGGAACCAGAGUCUGCUGUCCGAAGCGUAUACCCAGAUCAAGCUGUACCGUGGGUAUCUGUAUGACAGCAAGGCGAGCCUCUGGCAGCACAUCCUGCUCGGAGAAAAUGACGACCCAGGAUUCUGGUCAACAGGCAAUGGAUGGGCAGCGGCGGGGAUGCUCCGCGUGCUCGCGACGAUCAAGUACUCGCCGUGGGCGAGCGACAUGAAGGGCGAGAUGAACGACCUGACGAGCUGGGUGCGCGAGAUCCAGGACGGGAUGUACCCACACCUCCAAACGAAGGUCUCGCUGUUCCACAACUACGCGAACGAGACGGCCACGUUCCUGGACGCGUCGAGCACGGCGCUGCUCGCGGCCACCGUCUACCGCGUCGCGCUGCUCGCGGGCGUGCACACGCACCUCCCGCUCGCGGAGCAGUGCCGGCGGGCGCUGAGCGGGGCGGGGGCGCCGGACGUGUGGGGCACGGGGAACGGCGUCGGGCCCGCGAGCACGGCGUCCUUCGCGAGUGCGAGUGCCAGCGGCAGCGCGAGCGCGAGCUCGAAUGGCACCGCUGCUUCCUCGACGCCGUACAACGCGUCCUCGCCCACGUCGUCCGCGUCCACUGCCACCGCGCCCGCGGUCUCGGUCUCGUCGUACUACCCGGCGGCGCCGGCGGCGUCCGCGGGCGCGGGCCUGGCGCACUUUGCACCGGGGAUGUGGCUGACGCCGGUGGUGGACCCGUACGACUGGUCGGUGCAGGGCGGGUCGUCGCCGGAGGGGCAGGCGUUCGUCGUGGAGAUGUAUGCGGCGUGGCGGGACUGGGUGGAGGCGGGCGCGCCGGGGGCGAGUGCCGCGCGCAGGCUGGGCGUGAGUGGGAGGUGGGUGUGGGCAGGCGUGGGCGUGGUGGGCGUGGUGAUGGGCUGGGGCGUGGGUGUCUGAGUGUGUGCGUGGGUGUCUGAGGGUAUUUUAUUGGUGUUCUUUUGUAUUGUUCUUGUUGUUUGGUAUGUAGAGUACGAGAGACGGCAUAUAAUGCGAUGUGGAUACUCGUCUCUCCGUGGAA